AUGACCCUAGGACUUCGACCGCAUUUCGACUACUCUUUUCCCGCCUUCACGAGACCCCCUGUCAUGCCAAGUCUCGUCACGGCGUCGUGGUACGCGCCGUCCGAGACGUCCUCCGCGCCAACCCAGGCCACGCCGCUCCGCGUUGCCCUCGUCGCCUUGUCCGACGCCUCCCAUUCGUCCGUCGCUUCGACGCUCUCCGCCUCCGGCGGCGACAAUGCUGCUGCCGUCGCGAAACCGUCGCCGGUCGCUGCAGUUAACGCGUCCCCCGCCGCCCGAGGCGCUGCUAGCAGAGCUAUUGCUCCGCGCGCGGUGCCGCGGCCGGUAGUGAUGAACGCGUACGACGGCGUGCUGGACCCCGACCUGUUCGAGACCGCCGACGAGUUGGGGCGCGGCGGGUUUGGCACGGUGGUGGCGAUGCGGCGAGUGGAAAGCGGCGAGGUGGUGGCGGUGAAGCGCGUGGCGCGCAAGCAGAUGGUGGCGGCGGCGAACGAGGCGAUGGUGGCAGCGUCGCUGAGCGAGUGCCCGGGCGUGCUGGGCGUGCGCGAGGUGCAUCUGGCCGACCACCACGCGUACCUGCUCUCCGACGUCUGCUCUGGCGGCGACCUCCGCGCCCUCCUGCAGCGCCGCGCCGCUGCCGCCGCAACCACGCCCGCGGAGAAUGGCAAGGGCAGGCGGUGGUGGGGGAAGGCGAGCGGCGAGGACGGGCGGGGAGGGGGAAUGGCGGAGGCGGAGGCGCUGGAAGUGGUCAAGCACGUGGGCGACGCCGUGGCGUUCUGCCACGAGCGAGGCGUGGUGCACUGCGACAUCAAGCCCGACAACAUCCUCUUCGCCUCGCCCCUCUCCAACAUGGAACCCCCGCCUUGCCAACCCGCCGCUAGCCCCGCUGCGCCUGCGCGCCCCUCUCCUGCUGCCCGCCUCUGCGCGCCCGUCUCCUCGGCUCGCGCCUCCCCCCGGCUGGCCGCGGGGGCAGUGCGGCUGGCGGACUUUGGGUUGGCGCAGGUGGUGGCGGAGGGGCAGCGCGCGUGCCGCACUCCCGCAGGCACGCCCGGGUACAUGGCGCCUGAGGUGGAGGCCCUCUGCCGCCCUCGCUGCCCGCCCGCCCCUGGCGCCGCGAAGCAGCGAAGAGGAGCCCCGGCGAGAGCAGCAGGGGGAGAGGCAGAGGCAGGCGGGUAUGGGCGGGCAGCGGACGUGUGGUCGCUGGGGGUGACGCUGUUCGAGAUGAUCGCAGGCGAGCGGCCGUACGCGGGGGAGGCGCCUCAGCAGGGCGAGUGGCGCGCGCGCAUGGAGGGGGCAGCGUGGGAGGGCAUGUCGGAGGAGUGCCGCGCGCUGGUGAGCGGCAUGCUGAGAGUGCGCGCGGAGGAGAGGCUCACCAUGGCGCACGUGUGCCACCACCCCGCCAUGAUCCGCGCCUUCGGGGGCAGCGGGACGCGCAGUAGGAAGGGGUGGUGGUGA